AUGGAAGAUAGCUGGUUUGAAGAUGAAAGUGAAGAUGAUGAACUUAGUGAUAAAGAAAGCAGUUCAGAAAUAGAACAUGAUGAUAGUGGAACAUCAGAACAUGAAGAUGAAAUUGAUCUAGAUGAUGUUACAUCGAAGAAAGGUUAUACACAAAGUACUUUCUACAGUUCAAGUUCUGGAAUGCCCUGGUCCUCGAUUUCAUCUUAUUCAACGAAAACUUACUCUACUGGUACUGCAACUAUGAAAGCUGGACCAACAGAGCUCACUCAAGAUGUAAUAUCUGUUGCUGAUGCAUUUCAAUGUUUUAUAUCGGAUAAUAUUUUACAGAAGAUUUUGAUUUAUUCAAAUACUGAACGAACUCGAAAAAACACGGAUGAUGACAUCGAUGAUAUUACUAUGAUUGAAUUGAAGGCUUGUAUUGGUCUUUUGUUACUUGCCGGUUUAUUAGGACAAUCAAAGAAGAGUAUUAAAUCAUUAUGGAACAGAAGUCCUUUAGAAUCUCCAAUUUUCAGAGCUGCAAUGUCUAGAAAUCGAUUUCAACAAAUUAUUUCUUGUAUCAGAUUCGAUGAUAAGACAACCAGAGAAGAAAGAAGAAAAACCGAUAAGUUUGCAUCACUCCGUGAAAUUUGGACAGAUUUUCAAAAUAAUAUAAGAACAUGUUAUGCACCAGGAUCUUUUAUUACUAUCGACGAACAACUUUUAGGCUUUCGCGGAAAAUGUCCUUUUCGUCAAUUUAUCCCGAAAAAACCUGAUAAAUAUGGUUUGAAAUUUUGGUUAUGUGUUGAUUCAAAUUCGUUUUACGUUUUCAAUGCAUUUCCUUAUAUUGGAUGA